GAUAAACAAAAAUACAGAUAUUCGCUCAACAGCCGCUGAGGGUCAAGACAACCGACUCGUUGCGGAAUCUCUCCUCGCACGUGACCGCUGGGCGUCUACACUCAUAUAAGUCCUCUACCUCCUCCCCAGCCCGGGGCCGACGGUCCAAGUGGAGGCGCCGAACAGCCGGAGCGGCCGCGACCCGCGAUGGCGCUGCUGGGCGCUCUCGUCUGCUGCCUGCUGGCCACCUGGCACAGCCGUCAGGGCCUCGCGCUGCCCCUGGCUCGCACUGGCGGCCAGAGUCCCACUCCCGUGGUGGGACAGUUUUGGCAUGUGACUGACUUGCACUUAGACCCUACUUACCACAUCACAGAUGACCACACAAAAGUGUGUGCUUCAUCCAAAGGGGCAAACGCCUCCAAUCCUGGCCCUUUUGGAGAUGUUCUGUGUGAUUCUCCUUAUCACCUCAUUUUGUCAGCAUUUGAUUUUAUUAAAAAGUCAGGACAAGAAGCAUCAUUCAUGAUAUGGACAGGGGAUAGUCCACCUCAUGUUCCAGUGCAUGAACUCUCAACAGACAGAGUCAUAAAUGUGAUUGCUAAUAUGACAACCACUGUCCAGAGGCUCUUUCCAGAUCUCCAGGUUUUCCCUGCACUGGGUAAUCAUGACUACUGGCCACAGGAUCAACUGCCUAUAGUCACCAGCGAGGUGUACAAUGCAGUAGCAAACCUCUGGAAACCAUGGCUGGAUGAGGAAGCUAUAAGUACUUUAAGGAAAGGUGGCUUUUAUUCACAGAAAGUUUCGACUAAUCUGAACCUUAGGAUCAUCAGUCUCAACACAAAUUUAUACUACAGCCCAAAUGUCGUGACCCUAAAUAAGACUGACCCAGCGAAUCAGUUUGAAUGGCUAGAAAAUACACUGAACAUCUCUCAGCAAAAGAAGGAGAAGGUGUACAUCAUAGCUCAUGUUCCAGUGGGGUAUCUGCCUUAUUCAAGGAGCACCACGGCAAUGAGAGAGUACUAUAAUGAAAAACUGAUAGAUAUUUUUAGAAAAUAUAGUGACAUCAUUGCAGGACAAUUUUAUGGACACACUCACAGAGAUAGCAUCAUGGUGCUUUCAGACAAAAAAGGAAAUCCAAUAAAUUCUUUGUUUGUGGCACCUGCUGUUACCCCAGUGAAGAAUGUUUUAGAAAAACUGACCAACAAUCCUGGCAUCAGACUAUUUCAGUAUGAUCCUCGUGAUUAUAAAUUAGUGAAUAUGCUGCAGUACUACUUGAACCUGACUGAUGCUAAUCUAAAGGGAGAAUCCAAUUGGAAGCUGGAGUAUAACCUGACCCAGACCUAUGACAUUGAAGGUUUGCAGCCAAAAAAUUUGUAUGGAUUAGCUAAACAAUUUGCAAUCCUAGACAGUAAACAGUUUAUAAAAUACUACAAUUACUUCUUUGUGAGUUAUGAUACCAGUGUAACUUGUGAUGAGACAUGUAAGGCCUUUCAGAUUUGUGCAAUUCUGUAUCUUGAUGUUAUUUCUUAUACAGACUGCCUCAAACAUUAUAUAAAACACAAUCCAUAGUAGUUCACAGUUUGUACUCAGAAAAUUUGACAUUGCUCUAUUUCUGAGAUCAGUUUGUGGGAAUUGUUAUGCAAAUCUCUGUGAGUUACUGAAUGUGAGAAGAAUUACUGUCUUUGGUUUUUUAUAAUGCCCAAAUAUAGAAAUUUUUAACAUUCUAAAUUUUUCAUUAUAUUGAAUAUACUUAAAUUUCCCAUUACGCGAAUGAUUUUUGGAUGUAAAUAUCUAAUCUUCCAGUUUAUCUAAUUAUAUCUAAUUUAUACUCUUGUUGAAAUUGUCAUUUAUACAAUAAAACAAAUUACUUUUCCAGAA